CGAACGCAGAUGCAGCGCACACCUGGGACCCAGCCUUAGUUCAUCACCUAUCGGAGAAUAAGAGAAAGCACAUCUACAGUCAGGUGCGGCCUCUUCGCCAGAACUCUCAGUUUAAGUACUGCAGUCAUGUCAGACAAGGAAAGCCCUGUUGGCAUGAGGCCAGCCACUGCCAGUCCGCUCAGAGCGAGGUGGAGAUGGCCGUGUGGAAAGCGGAGCACAGUGGGCUCUCUGUUCGGCCUCAUCUCCUUCAGCUGAGCCGGUGGGAGCAGACGGAGCACAAACAGGUCACCAUGUACUGCAAAGUCUGCCUCCUGGUCCUAUCCUCUCCAGAGAGCUUCUACAAGCACUGCUCCUCUUUGGAGCAUGCGCAGUUACUCUCUGAGGACACCACCACCAAGUGGAGAGGACGAGCGCCUCCACACAACCGCCAAUCUGAGUUCUGGCUCUGUGAGAGACCACAAACAUGCGAGUACGGCAACAAGUGCCCAAAAGCUCAUUCUGUGGAAGAACUGAAGGAGUGGUUGAUGCGUUCUGCAGAGGAGAAGGAGAUCAGACAAAACAUUGGAGCCCAGGGCCUCAUGUGCUAUAACGAAAGGCUUUUGGAUGAAUACAAAAACAGCAGUAAUGAAGUACACAUUAUGUCAGAACAAGUUGACGAUGUCAGCAUCUCUUGUGAUGAAGAUUUAACUGUGGAGUGUCAACACAUCAAUGCAACACUGCAAUGGAACUUCCAAGUUGAAACCGAGAGACAGCUUGUGCAUGUGGCGCUGCUAAAGCGAGAACCAGGAGCUUCAUUCACGCUUGGUGACAUCAGUUCUGAGCCCUGUAUCUACACCUCAGGUGAACACCUUCUCAAUGAAGACAUGUCCUAUGACAUCACCGUGUCUUUCACAUCCAUCAACCCAGGCCUAUAUGACCAGUGGUUAGUACUAGAUUUUGACAUGAGACCAGUGCUCUUGAAGAAACUCAGGGUAAGAGUAGGCGAGCUGUCAUCGGAUGACAUUGAACAACCAACUGUGAACCGUGGACUCACCUUUCAAAGUGCUGAGCGUUGGCAUCGAGGAAACAGAGUUAUCAUCCCAUGUUCAUCCAGGACAGAAGAACAGGAGGAACUGUUAAAGGAGUACAAGCCUCCUCUAAUUAGCUUUCUGUAUAAAUCCUCCAACACCAGCCAAACCCCUCUGAACGAUGAGAACUACAAAGAACGAAUGCACCACUUCCUGUACAACGAGGAACUGGCGGAGGACCAGAUUGUUUCAAGACUAAAUGUUUGUGGAGAAAUGACAACGUUGGACACGCUGAAGAGUACAAGGUUUGGAAUGAUGAUGGCUCCUCAGGGAGAACUGUUCUGUGCUGUCUCGAUUCCUUGUAAUCUCACACCAGACACCCCUGAAGGACUGGUACUAAAACAAAGCAUCCAGUCUGCCCUGAUAGCCCCUUUAUCCAUAAGUGGUCGAAAUUACAAGGUCCAUGAAGCCAUCAUUCAGCAAGACAAAACAAGUGAGAACAACAUGUAUUUGCAACUGUCUAAAAAAUGUUGCUCUGAUCUUAUACUCGAAAGCAAUGAAUCGUAUCAGAUGGAGGUGCAGUUUCAGUUGAAUCGCCACAGCUUCGUCACCAUGCACAAGGCUGUAGACCUCCUUCCUGAUACUAGAAGAGUGCUACCAGACCUUAACAACUGUGGAGUUCCUGUGAAUAGCAUCCACUAUGAGAAGCUCAACACAAAGCAGCAGUCAGCAAUUGACUUUAUCACGGGUAACUCCAAUGUCCGAAAUGUGGCACCACUCCUCAUCUAUGGACCAUUUGGAACUGGGAAAACAUUCACCCUUGCUUCAGCUGCCAGAGAGCUUUGUAAGCUGCCUCACAACAAAGUGCUAAUUUGCACCCACACCAACAGUUCUGCAGAUCUGUACGUCAGAGAUCACUUCCAUCCAUUCAUCGACAAGAUAAAUGAUGGAAUGAGGCCAAUUCGAAUAAAAGCAAACAAGCAAGGAAGUGCUUUGUUUGCCACAGAUGAGGUUACUUUGAAAUACUGUUUGCUUUCUGAAGAUGGACAGUGUUUUUUACCACCUACAAAAGCUGCUUCAGAUUGCCACAACAUAAUCAUAACCACCACAACAAUGGCAAGACAUUUUCAUGACCUAAAUCUCCCAGAGGGAUAUUUCACCCACAUACUAAUUGAUGAAGCCUCUCAGAUGCUAGAAUGUGAAGCCUUGAUGGCCCUUGGUCUUGCUGGGCCAAACACCAGAGUUGUUUUGGCUGGAGAUCACAUGCAAAUGGGACCCAAGCUUUUCUCAGUUGAUGAUCAUCACCGUUCAAAUCACACACUUCUUAAUCGCCUGUUCCAUUACUAUCAAGGCCAAAAGUGUGAUGCUGCCCAGAACAGUAGAAUCAUUUUCAGUGAAAACUACCGCUCAACUAAAGAAAUUGUGGAGUUUGUGUCCACCCAUUUCUACGUUGGUAAGAAUGAUGUUAUCAAAGCAAUAGGAAAUGUUCCAGCUCCUGCAAAUGGCCAUGCCCUAAAGUUUCACCAUGUUAGGGGAGAGUGUCUCUUGGACACUAGGUCUAUGUCUUGGUACAACAAAGAAGAAGUUGCUAAAGUGGCUGAAGCAGUGACUGACAUUCUCGAACACUGGCCAUUGACAUGGGGGACCAAGGACCUAAGCUCAAUCUGCGUUCUAUCUGAGGGAUAUCAGGUUCGGCAAAUUAAGACAGCACUUUUGAGAGCAGGCCUUGCUGAAGUCCAUGUUGAGAAUCUUGCAAAUGUCCAAGGCAAGCAGUUCAGGGCAGUCAUAAUGACUGCUGUGCAAACACGUGACAGCGUAAAAACAUCUCACUUGCAUGGCCUGGAGCUGUUCAAUGAUGCCCGUGUGUUAAACACUGCAAUGACUAGGGCUCAGUCCCACGUGGUUGUGGUUGGAGAUGCUGCUGCCCUCUGUAGCUUUGGCAAAUGCUCAGAAGUCUGGAAGAGCUACAUAGACCACUGCAUCAGCAACAACAGUGCUGCACCACAGCAUUUUACCCAAGAUUUCUUUGAAAAAGAUGUUAUGGAAACUGCAAGGUUUCAGAAGUCAGAACAUGUGGAUCAGAGCAGCACUCUCGGUGAUGCAAUUCUUCAAGAGUUGAAAGAUGAAUAUGAACAGCUGAAAACUGAAUAUAGUUCCGAUGAAGACAGAUUGAAAUUCAAAGACUUCCACCACCAGCAGUCAAGAUCAUCAUACAAUAUCAGUGUUGAUACAGACCUUUUGGAGUUGUGUAAAAAACAACCAGAGAUGUACACGCAAGGAAAGUUGGUCAGGGAGUCAUAUAACCGAGGUUAUGUUGUACCAUUUAACAAACCCACCACAUGCAUCAGAAUCAAUGGAAAGGCAAACCUGGGUAAGGUCUUCACUGGAGACGAAGUAGUCUUACAAACAGCAAGGGUGGUCAGUAUCACCAAGGAAGCUGAAUCAGCCCGUCUACUUGUGUGUCUGCUUGAGGAGGAGGAUCACAGCAAACCAAGACAGAAUUCUGGAGACACAUUUGUCAAAAGGACGAUGAUGCCCAUUACAAAAUCUGCACCCAAAAUACGCAUACUGAUCAACAAGAAAAGACGCAACUUCAUUCCAAUAUGGGAGCAAAUUAAUGGACAUUGGAUGAUUGCAACAUGUAAACGUCUUGAUGAAAAGCUUAUACAAAACAAUGUAUUUGUGGUGCAAGUGAUUGGCUGGAAAGAAAAUUGUUCUUUUCCAUUGGGAAAGGUCAUAGAUAUUCUUCCAAUUGGAAGUUCUUUGGUUGAUGGACUCCACAUUCUGAAUGAAGAAUUCAAAGUUGCACCCAAUAAAUGUAAAUCAGAUGAGGGUCUCCUCUCACAAGAUGAAGACAGGACACACAGAAAGGACUUAAGUAAUAUAAUCACUUUCACUGUUGAUCCCAAUGGAGCAAAAGACUUGGAUGACGCCAUCAGUGUCAGGGAAAUUGGAAAGUAUGAGUAUGAGUUGGGAGUCCAUAUUGCAGAUGUGGCAAGUUUUGUGAGUCUAGGUGGUAAAUUGGACAAGGAUGCAGAACAACGUGGGACUGCAUAUUACUGCAGCAGUGCAAGCGAAGAUCCCGUGCAUAUGUUCCCCCCAGACUUUAGCACCGGAUCCUUUAGUCUUCUGUCAGGUAAACAUCGCAGGGUUGUUUCAUUAAUGUUCAAAGUAAACAAGAAUAAAAAUGAGAUCAUUGGAAAGCAAUUCCAGCUGUCAUGGAUCAAGUCUAACCGGCAGUUGUGCUAUGAAGAGGCACAGGACAUAAUCUCCGAAAGAUAUAGAGCGGGACCUACAUUUGACUCUGUAGAAGACUGUGUCACAGUGGCUUAUUGUUUUGCAAAAGCUCAAAGGAAGAAAAGACUUGUGGAUUGGGCUUAUUCUCAACCUGAUGAUGAGAGAUUGCCAGGAAAGCGCAAAGCCAAUCUGAUGGUUGAAGAGCUGAGUGUGUUAUUUAAUACACUUGCAUCUGAGGCUUUGAUUGAUUCAGAGAAAUCGGAGAAUUGCACACCCCUUCGCUGUCAGGCAAAGCCUGAUCAUGAAAAGAUAGAAGAAUUCAAGAAGAAAUGCGGAAAAUUAAUACCUCUCUCUUUUCAUGUGCGGCACAAAGUUGACCAUGAUGAACAAGCCUUAAACUGUGAAAACUUCCGCAUACUCACAGAAGUGUGGGAAGAUAUCCAGUCAGCUGCCAGAACAGAUGAUGUGGACAAAAUGGUGGACCUUAUUGCUGCAGAUGACAUCCACCCUCUGCUCCAGCCAGUCAGUGAUCAGUUCAGAAGGUGCUUUAGUAAAGCUAAAGUCAUCUGUUCCAACUCCUCUAGCAAAGAACAGGUUCGGCAUUAUUCUCUGAAUGUAAGAUCUUACACACAAGCAUCCUCACCAAUACGGCGGUACAUGGACAUCGUCUUGCAGAGACUUUUGCACUCCUUCAUAUGUAACAGGGAAGUGCAAUACACUACACCCCAGAUUAUGACUUUGUGCAGUCAAUUUGAGGACAACCUCAAGAAUGCCAAGGAGUAUGAAAAAAAGGCUGAGCAGAUUUCCUAUGCAGUGAGCAUGAAGAAACAAAGUGCUUCAAAGUUAGCCUUUGUUGUUAGUCACAACAUAGACAGUUGUGAAGUGGCAUUUCCUUUUAACAAGAACAUCUUUGCAGAAAGUGUACCAAUUAUGUACAAAGAUUUACAGUUGUGUGACCAACCAAUUUUUGAUGAAGAAAAUGACUGCAUCACUCUUUCAUGGAAAAGGCGGAUCUACGCAGUUGACAACAUGCAAAUCCACCAAGAGUUGAAAAUGCCAGACUGUGGUCCGUGCAUUGAGCUUCCACUGACAAUAUGGAAGGCCACUAUUGAAGCAAUUGACAAAGAUGACUUGGAUCAUGCAAAGUCUCUCAUAAUGAACUCUAAUACAAAGCAACUGGAACAGCAAAAGAUUUUUUCAAAAACAUCCAAGACUAACCCCUGUGACUCCAAGGAGCAAGAGGAACAAAGUGAUCAUGAGGUUGACAUCACGCUGCAUUUGCAGAGAGGUGACACCCUUCAGAUCCAAAUGACAACAGAGGUAAAAAGAGGUUAUCACAUGCCUGCUGUUCAGUUGGUGCACAUAAAACCAAAGUUUGAGAUUUGUGUGCAUCAUGUCCACAGCCCUAUCACAUGCUUCUCCAGAUCUGCAGAUGAUCCAUCAAGGAUUUAUUAUCACGACUCCGAGGAGUAUGUACAGAUCUGGAAACCAUUGUGUGAAAUGGAAUCUGCUUCCACUGCAGUGGAUGAGAGUGACAGCAUAGUCAUCGAGAACCUAGUGGUAAACUUCAGUCAAGAGCAGGAAGGCAUCCUAACGGGAAGCUUCGUCCUACCUCUUGCAUGGAUCACUGAAUGGGCCAUUGAAUGUAACCUUUCACGGUGUUUACUGUGUAUACGGAAAAGAGGUUUGAAGUUGUCCUCAACCCCGGAACACUCCGCCCUGGUGGACCCAAGAGAGUUCACAUGGGUGGCCCAUGGUGUCACAAGAAAAGCAGAAGGUUAUAAACUGCCAAAUGAAGGAAAUAAAGUGGAGUUCUACGUCAAUCACCUGCCAAUGGAGACCAUUCCUGAUUGUGUCUUUCAGAAAAACACUUGUUUUACUGUUGAAAUAAUCCCGAAGCUCAUACCUGACAUUCGGAAAGAAGAAGCUGUGCUCAACAUUACUUCUGCAUGUGAUCUUGUCAAGGCUAUAGCACUUGGAAAACACAUUCCAAGAGAGGUAAAACCAAUGUGGCACAACACGAGGAAAGAGCUACCAGAUGGACUGCCAACGUUUAACCUGAGUCAGCAUCUUGCUGUGGAGAAAGCUCUAAAUAAUGCUUUCACAAUUAUACAGGGACCACCUGGGACUGGAAAGACAGUAGUAGGUGUGAAGAUAGUGUUCAGUUUCUUUGAGCUGAACUCUAAGAACCCACGGAAAAAUUUUGACCCAAAGGAUGAGAACAAGAAACAAGUUAUUCUCUACUGCGGCCCAUCCAACAAGUCUGUUGAUGUUGUUGCAGAGUACUUAUUGAAGUUUGGGCACAGAAUAAAGUCACUCAGGGUCUACAGCCAACAGGUGGAGAUGCUAGAUUACCCCUAUCCAGAGUGUGCUCUUCAGUUUUCCCGGAGGUCACGUCAAGAACAUGCCAAGCCAAAGCUCAGGAGCAUGACUCUGCAUCACCGCAUGCGACAGGACCCUAACCCUAAUUCAGGUCAAAUAAAAGAUUUUGAUCGACGAAUCAAACUUGCCCUUGAGAAAAAAGGAGAAGAGAUAACUGCUCAAGAAGUGAAAGAAUACAAAAAACUUCUAAGAGAUGCUCGGACAUAUGAGCUCGAACGGCAUGACAUCAUACUGUGCACAUGUACACAGUCUUCCACUCCGAGUUUGACUAAAACAGUCAGUGCACGUCAGAUCCUCAUUGAUGAAUGUGCAAUGGCCACUGAACCCCAGACCCUCAUUCCAUUAGUCUGCAACAAUCCAGAAAAGAUUGUUUUGAUCGGUGACCACAAACAGUUACAACCCAUUGUGAAAAAUGUGCGCGUGAGGAAGCUGGGGAUGGCCAAAUCUCUGUUUGAACGUUACCAUACAAUGCACAAGAAGAGGGCAGUGAUGCUGGACACUCAGUACAGAAUGCAUAAGAACAUAUGCGAGUUCCCGUCACGAGAAUAUUAUGAGGGAAAACUGAAAACUGGAGUGGAGCAGCCGAGCAGUGUCCUGCGUGUUGAAAACAAGACGAUGCCAAUGCCAAUCGUUUUUGGGGACAUCAAAGGCAAGACCAUCAGUCUAGUUGUCCACACAGCCAAGGGAAAUGAGAACUCAAAAGCAAACCAGGAAGAGAGAACCAAAGUGAUUGGCAUUGCUGAAAAGCUGGUGAAGGCCGAAAUUGACAAGAAAAGUAUUGUGAUUCUGUCGCCCUAUAAUGCCCAAGUGUCUGAAAUCAGAGAUGAGCUGAAGAAGAAAAAAAUGGAUGAAAUCACCGUUACCACAAUCACCAAAAGCCAAGGAAGUGAAUGGCGAUACGUCAUCAUAUCUACAGUGUGCUCUCUGCCAAGUAUAGAGAUUGUGAGAGAACCAGACGGAGCUUGGCUGUCUAAACAUCUGGGCUUUGUGGGCAGUCCCAACCAGAUAAAUGUGGGCAUCACCAGGGCCAAGGAGGGACUGUGCAUCAUUGGGAAUCAAGAAUUGCUGAGCUGCAGUAGCGCUUGGAGAAAGCUCCUGGACCAUUACAAGCUUCACAAUGCAGUGACAGAUGCAGACAAGAUUUCAGUGUGUUGUUCCACAUAGCUAUCUAUCCUUUUUAAGAAAUUUGUACAAGCAUCAGACCAGAGCUCCUAGACUCGCACAACUUCACACUUUAUUGUGUAUUUUUCUAUGAUGUCGUAGUAACCUUUUUAUGCAAUCUUGUAAAGUUUUAUAGCAUAUUUGGGAUUUUUUUAAAUAUUAUAUUUACAGUUUUUGUUGCGCUUUGAUUUACAUACACCUUUCUCUUUAUUGUGUAUACAUCUGUAAAUAGCAAAUCAAAGACAGUUCAAAGAUUGAAUUGUCUGGGGGUUUAAAAAAAUCCUUGUCGUUACUACAAUUUAAGAUAUUACAUUUCAGAAAUGUUGUAGGCUACAAUACAUACUUUAUCACACAAUGCUAAUGUUAACUAUGAACAGAAGACAGACAGAGUUCAGUUCUUGUUGAGUGAUCUUUAAACUCAUCUUAAGGUUUUAAAUGUAUUCCACUGUAUUUAACACUGUAUGCAAUCAUUGCUCCUGCUACUGAUGAAUGAGUCAGCAUUUGUUUUCAUUGCAAGACAGCUGGUCUUAACACUUAGACUACUCUCACUGCAUGAUGAGGCAGUUUAUAUUGCUCUCAUAAUAUUGUUUUUGAUACCUUUUUAGAUGUAUAUUCAGGGGUAAGCUGUGACUACAGAAAUGUUUAUAAAACAUUUUCAUUGCUGACAUGAAUGAGGUUGAAAAAAAUCAUUUUUAGGGCCAUUGCUCAAAAUGGCAACUUUUCUCACAAUCUGGUUGUACUUGCUUCCUGUUUUAUUUUUGAAAUGUUCACUCCCCCUUGUCAUGUUUUUUUUUUUUACUUCAUGUCCUUGUGUUUUUAUCUCCCUGUGAUUGAACCUCCUGUGUCCACUCAAGCUGCCCUUGUGUCCCAGUGUUCUUUGUCUGUUCGUCAUCCAUGUUACGUUGAUGUUCCCUGUUCCCUGCCCCGUGUUCCCUCGUGUCAUCCUAGUUUGUAUUUGCAGUUUUUCUUUUUACCUUUUUUCAAAUUCAGUUUGCAAGUAAAUGUGUGUAGAAAUGUAUACAAACAUUAAAACAUUUUAGAUUAAACAAAGAAAUUAAAACAAGAUGCAAUACAUAAACAAAACAGACUUACAGAUAGAAAAGGGAGGGGGUUUAAUCUUUUAGUUGAUAAGCAACCCAAUGUCCAGGAGCGGUCAACGGUGACUUCAAUGUUGUAGUCUGGUUUUUGGCUGAGCCGGCAGGCUAUGGGACAUACUGGGAAAUAAACAUAAAAAAAACUCUGGUUAGAAGUAAUAUCCCUAACUUCAGAGUGUUUCAACAGUCGCCAAGAAGGUGCAGUAAUGAACCUCAUUUGCCACAAUUGUGCAAGCAUAAAUCAUGGAGUUUGUCAUCUAUCUUUGAUAAUCUAAGA